AUAUUCCAACAGAUAACACGACCAUUCAAACCACUUGCGACAACACUUUCCUGUACUCCAUCGCACACCACAGUAACACAUACGCCCAAUAUGAGCGGCCAACCAAUGCCCGUACGCACUGCCACCGGCUCUUCCAACGAUGCGAUCCCCGACGACGACACCAGCGAGACCAGCAAGCUCUUCCACGAGCGCCUGUCAGCUUGGAAGCACGCGACCGCCUACCUAGAGGACUACGUCGAGGCAACCGAGAAGCUCCAUAACUCCACUUCCAAGGACUAUGAGAAGGUCCUCAAGACGGUGAACAGCCCGUUGAAGGAAGGACACCACUUCGAUCAGAGUUUGGGCGGUAUUGCUGGACUCUUCGACAACGUCCGCACCAACACCCAAGGACUCCAGAACAGCCACCACGAGACAGCCAAGACGCUCAAGGGAUCCGUUCUGCCAAUCUUCCAUCGUCUGCACACUGAGAUCAAAAACAAGACAAAGGAGCUCGACAAGGGUGUUGGAAAGCAGUCCAAGACUGUGGACAAGGCUCGCAACGCCUCGCAGAAGCACAUCGAGCUCCUCGGCCAGCAUGCUGCCGCAUCUGAGACUUCGAGCCACACAAUUAAGGCGUCCGAGGACCCAUACAUUCUUCAGCGCCAAGUCUACCACCGCCUGAACAAGCAGGUGUUGGAGGAGAACAACAGCCGGGAUGAUAUCAUCUCGGUGCAAAACAACUUUGCCCAAUUCGAGUCGCAUGUGAUUCAGACUAUCCAACAAGGAAUUACGCAGCUCAACCAGGUAUUGAGCAGCCAGGCGGAGCAGACGCGUACCAUGUACGGCGAUGUUACUGCCAAUGCCCAACGUAUCCCAGUCGACUUCGAGUGGAACAGCUUCGUCAAGAGGCACGCCAAUGUACUCGUCGACCCGAGCGCGGGCAAGCGCACAAUCGAGAGCAUCGGCUUCGCUAACCAGGACCACCGAUCCACCCGCCCUCUCAUCGCCGGAUCCCUCGAGCGCAAGAGCGGUCUGCUCAAGAAGUACGAGGCCGGCUUCUACGCCGUCACUCCUUCCAAGUACCUCCACGAGUUCAAGACCGACGACGACUUCGCCAAGGAUCCCACUCCCGAGAACAGCUUGUACCUGCCCGACUGCAUGAUCGGCGCCGUGGAUGGCGUCAAAUUCAACGUACGUGGAAAGGAUGCCAGCGGGGGCGCCAUGUCCAAGCUCUCCAGAGCCCACGAAUUCGCUUUCAAGGCGCACACUCCGGAAGAUGCUCUGAAGUGGCACGGUGUUAUCGCUGGUGUUGCUGGCCAGGCGACGAAUGACUUGCCUUCGAGUACUCCCGCCAGCCCGAUCGAGCCUCGCCAGACCUCUGCAACCUAUCCUGAGGCUACAGCGGCGUCUCCGGUUGCAGGCCAGCAAACGGGAACUGUUGUUCCAGGGCAGGCGACCACAACAGAGAGCGCUGCUCCGCUGGAGAAGACCUCCUAG